UUUCAGAAAGCAGGUAGUGCCACGUGUGACACUACCUGGCAAUCGCAUCUUCCAUUUCCCUCACCCUUUUUUCUGCCCAUGGCGGUCAGCUCCCCAUUCCAAAAAAAUUCUAUUUAUAUUUUUUAUUUAAAUAGCUCUUAUUUUCUUUGAGGUUUAUUCAUAAUCAGGUAAUUUUGUUCAUGUGUUUGUGUUAAUUUUCCAAUAUUUAUGAUUCUUUGUCGGGAUGAGAGUGAUUAGAGAUUGAAUCUAACCUUCAGUUAGGGUUUUAAUUAUUGAUUUUUGGAGUUUUUUUUAUGCCAAAAAUGGAGAAUGAUGAUGAAUUCAUUAGGUUUUGCUUAAUUACAUUAGAAAAAAGUAAACUUCUUGGUGGUUAUGAAUUUGGGUUUAGCUUAAAUUUGAUAAAUUUUCAGUUGCUGUGAUAUUAUUGUUUUUAUGUAUGACCCAUGUGUAACAAAAACAUUGAAUGUUUGAAUAAGAAUCAGAGCGAUAACCCUGUUGUUGUUGUUGUUGAUUAUCAUUAUCAUCAUCAACAAAAUAUUCACUUGGUGAUGGAUACUGAUUCUUCCACUACUGUUGUUGCCUCUAAUGCUGCUGCUGAUGAGACUGUCCCCGCGCCCCGUGUUAAGUUUUUAUGUAGCUUCUUAGGUAAUAUUAUGCCUAGGCCGCAAGACGGGAAGUUACGCUACGUGGGCGGGGAGACUCGGAUUGUUAGUUUGCCUAGGGAUAUUAGUUUUGAGGAUUUGAUGGGGAAAAUGAGGGAGCUCUAUGAUGGGGCAGCUGUUUUGAAGUAUCAACAGCCCGAUGAGGAUCUUGAUGCAUUGGUUUCUGUUGUGAAUGAUGAUGAUGUGACUAAUAUGAUGGAGGAGUAUGAUAAGUUGGAUUCUGGGGAUGGGUUUACUAGGCUUAGGAUUUUUCUGUUUUCGUAUCCGGACCAGGAUGGUUCGUUGCAUUAUGUUGAUGGGGAUGAGAAGGAGUCUGAGAAGAGGUAUGUUGAUGCAUUGAAUAAUUUGAAUGAUGGAGCUGAUUUUAGAAGGCAGCUAGGAGAGUCUCCGUUGAUUGGUGCGGUUGAAGAUAUGCAUUUGCAGGAACAGUUUUGUAGUCCGAUGAAUCUUGAUGGCGGUCUUCAUAGCCAGAGGAUCUCAGACAUGCUCAUACCACAGUAUAAUUUGCAUCAUGUUGCAAUUCCUCAGAGGUAUAAUGAAAUGGAGGGUCAAUGGAGUCCUGGAUAUUAUUCUCCUAGACAUCAUGGUUACCAUGAUCCAAGACCUUUGCCAGAAUUUCAAAAUUCUCCUCCUUCGCGAUAUCGAAUGCAGUUUGGAGAAUAUCCUGAGAGAGGCAUGGAUAGACUUCCUGAAGAAUAUGGUCGGUCACAGAUGAAUCAUCAUCCUGCUUAUGAGCACCAUACACCAUUUGCUGAUAAUGUAGUAUGGAUGCCCCCAGGACCCAUAGCUGGUGAUAAGGCUGGUUUUCCUGGUAACUUGCUGCAUGGCCAUAGUGUUGUUGAAGGGAGCAGUUCUUGUGAGCACUGCCGAGUCCCUUUUCAAAGAAAUCAACUUCAUUUGGAGCAGCCUAAUAUAGGAAGUGCAUUUCAGCAGGUUGCUAAUCCAUGUAAUGAGUGCCACUCCAGUAGAGAACAUUUCAUGCUAAAUUUAGAUCCAAAGGUGCAUUAUGCAAUGUAUCCCAAAGAUCAGAAUGAUCCGCGAUCCAUUUGUAAUGAAGCUCAUAGCCAUGAAAGAGGAUGGAGUCCGCAGCAUCAGUUGAGCCCUCGUGGAGAAGAAGCCAGAACCAUUUUCUCUGGAGUUGGACGGAUUAAUGAGCACUAUAUCAUAGAUGGUCCUGGUAUUAAUUAUCCUCUUGGGAAUGCCAAUUUGGUUGAUGGCCAUCAUACAUCCUCUAGUUAUAUGCAUCAGCGACCAGGACAUGAAUUCAGUAAUGAAAUCUUUCAUGAUCAAGCUGCAGCUGCUGCGCACCACCUACACAUCCCUUCAGAAGAACGGGCUGUUCGGCAUGGAAAUUUUCCUUACGGUUAUGGAGCAGAAAAUCUUUACCCCGUGUCACAUGGCCAUCCACACUCAUGGAGAAAUGUUCAUAAUCAAGUGCAUGGUACACCUUUUGAAACAUCCAGUGCAUCUUCACAGGUGAAUGGUACAGUUAAUCCAGCUCUUCUUAGGGGCGCAUUGGAAGGGAGUCAAAGGAUUGGUUCUGGCAUGGAUAAUCAGCUAUCUAGGACGGAGUUCUCACAGAAAAUUAUGGGUUUCGAUGGAGCAACAACCCCAGAAUACUGUUACAGUCAUCCUUUGAAAGUACCCUCAAAUCAAUAUAUUCCAGAGACUAAGCAAAUGUUUACUCCAGAAACUGCACGGCCCCCGCUUCCACGUGAAAUGCGGAACUCUUCUGCAAUUUCGAGUGCUUCUGGGUGUAAUCCAGAGUUAAGUUGUAGCAGCAUUACUGAGGCGACAAAGAUGGAGGAGAAACCUGUCCUAGGCAUGGAAAAAGAUGCAAAUUAUGAAGAAAAGGCUGAUGAAUUAGGAGCGCCGGACAUAUUUCCCACCGAGCAAGACACGGUUCCUCAUACCAAUGGGGAGGCUGCAUAUGUGGAGUCCGUCAAUUCCAGUUCCUCAAAGCAUACUGAAGGAACUGGUGAUUUUAAGAAAAUAAGUGACUGUGAAACUCCAGCUAUUACAGGCAAUAGAACGCUGUCACUUGACCGAUUAAGUUUUUUGCCUGAUCUUAUUGCGUCUGUAAAGAAGGCAGCAUUGGAAGAAGCUGAGGAGGUGAAAGCAAUAGUCAAUGACAAUGAGCAUAGUUCAGAAUCAAAAGAAGCAACAUUAAGUGAAUCUGAAGUAGUGAAUGCCCAUGAAGAAGCAGACUUGGAUUCUGAAAAUGACAACAUAAACACUAAUGAAAUUGAGCCAACAAAGGCUGAGGCAGAAGCUAUUGAAAGGGGAUUACAGACAAUAAGAAAUGAUGAUCUUGAGGAGAUCCGCGAAUUAGGUUCUGGAACAUAUGGAGCUGUUUAUCAUGGGAAAUGGAAGGGUUCUGAUGUAGCUAUAAAGAGAAUAAAAGCCAGCUGCUUUGCUGGGAGGCCUUCUGAAAGAGAGCGUUUGAUUGCGGAUUUCUGGAAGGAGGCUUUAAUAUUGAGCUCAUUACACCAUCCAAAUGUUGUUUCUUUCUAUGGCAUAGUUCGUGACGGUCCUGAUGGUUCUUUAGCAACUGUCACAGAAUUUAUGGUUAAUGGUUCUUUGAAACAAUUUUUGCAGAAAAAAGAUAGAACCAUUGAUCGUCGUAAGAGACUCAUCUUAGCUAUGGACGCCGCAUUUGGGAUGGAAUAUUUACAUGGGAAGAAUAUUGUUCAUUUUGAUCUGAAGUGUGAAAAUCUCUUGGUAAACAUGAGAGAUCCACAACGGCCUGUUUGCAAGAUUGGUGAUUUGGGCUUAUCAAAGGUGAAACAGCACACCUUGGUAUCAGGCGGUGUUCGCGGAACUUUACCCUGGAUGGCACCCGAGCUUCUGAGUGGGAAAAGCCAUAUGGUGACAGAGAAGAUUGAUGUAUACUCAUUUGGAAUUGUCAUGUGGGAGGUGCUAACUGGGGAAGAACCUUAUGCUGGUUUGCAUUGUGCCUCCAUAAUCGGAGGAAUUGUGAACAACUCACUGCGUCCAGAAAUCCCAACAUGGUGUGAUCCGGAAUGGAAGUCAUUGAUGGAAAGUUGUUGGGCUGCUGAUCCAUCAGAAAGGCCAUCAUUUUCAGAAAUAUCUCGGAAACUGAGGAACAUGGCUGCUGCUAUUAAUGUCAAAUAAUUCCAUUCCUGGAGCCAAUUGAUUUCAAUUUUGACUAUCUUACUACCAGAAAAAGGACAAAAAGAAAAAGAAAAAUAAAGGAAACCAAGAGUUCCCGUGUAAUAUCAGCGUACAGUUUGAAGCAGGUUAAGGAUAAUAGGAUUAUUAUGCCUUAGAUUCGUCUUCUAGAAAAGCUUUUACUGUUGCCUCAGGAUGGGGUGGUUCUAUUUCACAGUGCAAUCACUGGAUUUAGCCUUGGAGCUAUUUGCUACAUCAAGAGCUGCGGAUGCGCAAUAGCAAUAGUGAUUUUAUAAACUCCCGAGCAGGUCUUUUGAUAUUUCAACAUGAUCAAAAUAGUAGUAAUAUGGCUAUUUUCUACUAUUGUAGUAUCAUUUGAUGGAAGCUCAAGCUCUGAGGAAGAAUGUGUAUAGCUCAGCUGCUAUAUUAGCAAUGCAGCACAACUUCUGUUGAAACUUGGAACAUAAAUUAGUCUUAAAACUUAUUUUCUUGUCCUUUAAUUAUUUUUUUCCUUUCAAACUGGAUGUUUAUAUAACUUUAUGAUGAUCUGGAUGCUGAAGAAUGUAAAAUGUAUAUGAUUAUUAUACAAGGAAGCACUUCCAUUAA